ACCGUCCGAAAUUGGAGAUAUGCGCUGGCAGCACUGGAUUUAACUUUGACAGUUAAUGCGAAGCUUAACAUAACCUCAAAACGUAAAUAAAUAUCGUUCAGUUAAUGAGCGAAUUGCUUUAAAUUAUUUAACUUAUACUGAAUAACGAACUAGUUUUAUUAUUAUAAAAUCAAUUAAUUACUGGGAUAGACGAAUAAGUCACAAUGUCUAUCGAAAUAGAAUCCGCAGACGUGAUCCGGUUGAUCCAGCAGUACCUGAAGGAGUCGAAUCUUACACGCACGCUUCAGACGCUGCAGGAAGAAACAGGUGUAUCUCUGAACACGGUGGAGAGUGUGGACGGGUUCUGUGCAGACAUCAACAGUGGGCACUGGGAUGCUGUGCUGGGCUGUGUAGCAGCAUUGAAACUGCCAGAGCGCAAGCUGGUGGAGCUGUAUGAACAGGUGGUGCUGGAGCUGAUCGAGCUGCGCGAGCUGGGCGCGGCGCGGCAGCUGCUGCGCAACUCGCACCCCUGCAGGCUGAUGAAGCAGCACCACACCGACCGCUACAUUCACCUCGAGAACCUCCUCUCGCGCUCGUACUUCGACCCCCGCGAGGCGUACGGCGCGGGCGGCGGCAAGGAGCGGCGCCGCGCCGCGCUGGCCGCGUCGCUGGCCGGCGAGGUGUCCGUGGUGCCGUCCUCGCGCCUGCUGGCGCUGCUGGGGCAGGCGCUCAAGUGGCAGCAGCACCAGGGGCUGCUCCCGCCAGGUACAACCAUCGACUUGUUCCGAGGCAAAGCGGCCAUCCGAGACGAAGAGGACGACCAGUGCCCCACGCAGCUGUUCAAGACCAUCAAGUUCGGCCAGAAGUCGCACGUGGAGUGCGCCCGGUUCUCCCCCGACGGCCAGUACCUCGUCACCGGCUCCGUGGACGGCCUGGUCGAAGUGUGGAACUUCACGACGGGCAAGAUACGCAAGGACUUACGCUACCAAGCUCAAGAGGAAUACAUGAGCAUGGAGGAAGCAGUGCUCAGCCUGGCCUUCGCGCGCGACUCCGACACGCUGGCCGCCGGCGCCAACGACGGCCGCGUCAAGGUGUGGCGCGUAUCGACGGGCGCGGUGCAGCGCCGCCUCGAGCGCGCGCACUCCCGCGGCGUGACGUCGCUGCAGUUCAGCCGGGACUCCUCGCAGCUGCUCUCGGCCUCCUUCGACCGCACCGUGCGCAUCCACGGCCUCAAGUCCGGCAAGCUUCUUAAAGAGUUCCGCGGCCACACUUCCUUCGUGAACGAGGCGGUGUUCACCCCCGACGGGCACGGCGUGCUGUCGGGCAGCAGCGACGGCUCCGUGAAGCUGUGGGCGCUGCGCACGGGCGAGUGCUCCGCCACGCUGAAGCCGCUCGGCGCCGCGGGCGAGGCCGCCGCCGGCGCGGAGCCCCCCGUCAACACCCUGCUGCUCACCCCCAAGAACCCCGAGCACUUUGUCGUCUGCAACCGCACCAACACCGUGGUAAUAAUGAACACGGCGGGCCAAACGGUGCGCUCCUUCUCGUCGGGGCGCCGCGAGCGCGAGGGCGGAGCCCUGACCUGCGCCGCGCUGUCGGCCCGCGGCCGCCUCGUGUACUGCGCCGGGGAGGACUUAGUGCUGUACGCCUUCUGCGCCAACACCGGCAAGCUGGAGCGGACCAUCAACAUCCACGAGAAGGCCGUGAUCGGCAUGACGCACCACCCGCACCAGAACCUGCUGGCCACCUACAGCGAGGACGGCCUGCUCAAGCUCUGGAAACCCUGAACGAACCUGCUCAUUCGGUAUCUUAUAGCGAUCGAAGUUAUCAUGCCCUUUCUACUGCAGAUUGUCACGGAAACGGCAUUCGUUCAAUCAUUUACGCGCUAAUUCCCCCCUAUUCAUAAUCGCGCUAUAAGCCUCAGUUAAUUUAUGAUUUAUCCCUUUAAGAAGUCCACUGCUGGACAUAGGUGCCCCCCAGGAAUGUCCACAACGACCGGCCGUGCGCUGCCUUCCUCCAUCGGCUCCCUGCGGUCUGAACCAGAUCGUCGGACCAUCUUGUUGUGGGUCUUUUCGCCGCUCAAGAACCUUUCUGUCCCAGCGGCCAUCGCUCCUACGACCAAUGUGUCCCGCCCACUGCCAAUUAAAUCUGCCUUUUUUACACAUCCAUUAGUCCAAAUGACAUACUAAGACAACCGAUAAUUAGCCAAUUAAGGCUUGUAGUGUAUGAGUAAGGGGGUAACAGUCCGCGGACGCUCCGAAAUUGUAAUUAUUAUUGUUUAUUUCCAAAAAAAAUCCCCUGACGGAGAAUAAGUUAAAUUUAGGUCCAUUUACUCACUACGAGGUUUGUUAUUUCGUUGCGAUGCUGCGUCACUUUCGAUUCACCUAAUUAGGAAAGAGAUGCAUUCGAUAAUAAACCACGAAGUGAGUGGGGGAGACGAUCAGUGACCAAUAUCGACUGGAUGUGACAUUUUGACUUGAUAUCUUUAAUUUAUGUAAUAAGCUAGAUGUAAGGUUUAGUCAUUAAAGAAUUAAUAAGAUACAA